GCUUUUUGUCACAGGACCCCGAAAAGCACGUUGAAAUGUUUACGGUGGAAGCGCGGUUAGCUGUCUUAUCAGAACAAGUACAAAUAUAUUAACUAAAACAAAUGCCGAAUGUAUGAAGAUAAUAUAAUAAUCAAACAACAAGCAAGGGCUCUGCAUAGAACAGUUGAUAAUGGAAAUAUUUACAAGGCAGUAAUUUAAGAUAGCUAAUAUUCCAGUUAUCCGUCGGUGACUGCAGGAAACUUUUCGUUCACGAAUAGGAGCUGUUUUUGCUUUCUGUACAAUUACUUUGGGGUAAACAUGGCUUCCUCUAUGGUUGUUCCCGUUAUUGAUGUCCAGAAUGAUACCUUCAACGAGCUUUGGCCUGCCAUGGUAUUGGCCAUAAAAACGUCUUCCUUCGUCGCACUGGACACGGAGCUGAGUGGUCUUGGAAACAGGAAAUCCUUGCUGGCCGAAUCUAUAGAGGACAGAUAUAAAGCCAUCUGCCAUGCAGCUCGCUCUCGCUCCAUCCUCUCUCUGGGAUUCGCCUGUUACAAGAAACUGGACGAUAAGGCUGCAGACACGUACCUGGUCCAGGUGUAUAACCUCACCCUGCUGUGUUCAGAGGAGUACAUCAUAGAGCCUCAGUCAGUCCAGUUCCUGGUUCAGCAUGGCUUUGACUUUAACAAGCAGUAUGCCCAUGGAAUCCCUUACUGCAAGGGCAAUAAUAAGGCAGAAUCAGACGAUCGGGGGGUCCACAUCCGAGCGUUAUUCACUGAACUGCUGCGUGCCAGGAAGCCCCUGGUGCUCCACAACGGCCUCAUCGACAUGGCCUUCCUUUACCAGAGUUUUUAUGCACAUCUGCCUGACCGCUUGACCACCUUCACAGCCGACCUGUCUGAGAUGUUUCCUGCCGGCAUCUACGACACCAAAUAUGUCACUGAGUUCGAGCUCCGACUCACUGCCUCAUAUCUGGAGUAUGCCUAUAAGAAAUGUAAGCUGGAUAGCAGUCGCAGGGGCACCUCUGGAGGAACGGAGCCUCACGUUCAGCUAGAGUUCUGUCAGUACGCCGGUCAGAUGUCCAGCUACGUGGACUACAGAGUGUGUCCAGCUGUGGGCUCUGUUGAGGGACAGACUGACGUCUGCCAGCGCUUCUCCGCAUUUGGCUGGUGUCCAAAUGGCAGCGAGUGUCUAUUAUCCCACGACACUGACCUGAUCAUCCUCCAGGACGAGAAAGACCUGGGGAACAAGAGAACUAAGAGGAAGAGACGUAAAGAUAAGAGGAAAGGUAAAGGUGAGGCAGCGGAAGACGGUGCCCCUCAACACAAAAUCCCCCACAUGGAGGUGGAUCUGCAAGAAACGCCAGAUGAGAAGCAAGGGGCCGAGUCAUCCUCAGAAAAAGGGUCUCUGAUGGACACCCAACAGAAUGAACGAGAGAAAACAGACAUCGAGGGGAACGGAGUGAGCCAAGAGAACACACUUGAAAUAACACCCACUACUGAUGACAACGCAAAAACCAACACAAAUGGUGGUGAAGAAAGCAGAACAAAAGAUAGCGGAAGUGAAAAAUUAAGCGAGAAAUCGUCCAAGACUGAGCAGAAGAAGAACGCCGACUCAGGAACGCACCGUGCCGGGUUCGACGCCUUUAUGACGGGAUACAUUUUUGCCCAUUCAUGUACCCUGAACAAGAAGAAAGGAGUGGAAUCUGUAGAGAAGGAGGAGGAAGAGGAGUCCUGGGUUCCUUCGUGUCUCAAUAAGGUCUACCUCAGCGGUAAAUCUGCUCCUCUCAACGUGGUUAAAAGCACCUUCUCCAAAUCAUCCAAGGCCCAUGUGGCGAAGAUGGAGAUGGUUUGGGGAAAGAAAGUGUAGUGUGCACACUUAAACACAGUAUUUAAGUGUUUAUAUUAGGGCUGCAAAAUCAAUUUGAUUUGAUUAUAUUAAGGCUGCAACUAAUUAUUAUUUUAAUUAUUAAUCUGCAGAUUACUUUUACGAUAAACUGUUUGUUCAAUAAAUUGUCCAAAAAUAAUAAAAAAGGAACAAUUCCAUUUCUCAAAGUCCAAGUGAUUCAAUGUUUUGUUAAGUCCAAACUCAAAGAUGUUCAUUUGAAUAUAAUAUUUAACAGAGAAAAGCCAAGAUCUAAAAACUGCUUUUUCUGGCAUUUUUUCCAUGGAUAAUUACUUAAGAAUUAUGGAAUAGGAGGUCAGUUUGCUUGUGGCACAACCUUUCAGUCUGGCAGUGUUGAAAUGUAAGUUUCUCAUGCUCUAUACUGUUUUUAUUUCUUUGUAAGACUUUUGUACAUUUUUACCUACUAUUAAUAGUAUUAAAGACGGUAAUAAAGUGCAAUUCAGUCGUAGCUGUUUUGAUCAAGCCAGGUAUUGUUUCUUAAGUUUCUCUGGAAAGAGCCAGAUCCUUGAUUUGCAUUCAUUCUUCAUUUUAGAUGUUUGUAUAAUUACCUUUUACAGGAGUUACCUUUGAAAAAAUAAAUGUAUGCUCUUUAAAAAUGAU